AUGAUACGAUGCCACGAAACUAAAGAAGAACCAGAUAUUUUUCUUGAACAUUAUCAAACAUCUUCUCCUAAAGCCCUCCACCGAUGUAUCACUACUCUUGUUGGUCAGACAUCCUCCUACGUAUCAUCUCUAACCCUUGCAGGCAAAAGACUCUACACAGGCUCCAACGACGGUGUUGUCAGAUUGUGGAAUGCAAGCACGUUGGAAACGUUAGCGGAAGCAUCAAGCAGCGCCGACGUAAUAACAGGAGAAAGAGGAGGCGGAGGAGCAGUGAAGUCUUUGGUAAUCUUGGCUGAUAAACUCUUCACAGCACACCAAGAUCAAAAGAUACGUGUGUGGAAGAUAAACAACGUCGUUGAGGAAGAAGAAGAUGUUGGUAAUAAUAAAAAAUACAUGCAUUUAGCAACGAUGCCAACGAUCAGCGACCGUUUUGCAAAGUGUUUGAUGCCUAAGAACCAAGUCGAAAUAAGAAGGCACAAGAAAGCUUCGUGGGUUCACCAUGUUGACGCGGUUUCGGGUUUAGCCUUAUCAAGAGAUGGAACACUCCUCUAUUCUGUCUCUUGGGACAGGACGCUCAAAAUAUGGCGAACAAUUGAUUUUAAGUGCUUAGAGUCCAUCACAAACGCUCACGACGAUGCAAUCAAUGCGGUUGAAUUAUCCGAUAAUGGAAAUAUAUACACAGGAUCGUCUGACCAUAGAAUCAAAGUGUGGAGGAAGAACAUUAAUGAGGAGAACAAGAACAAGAAACAUUCUUUGGUUGCAACAUUUUCAGAGCAUCAUUCAGGUAUUAAUGCAUUGGCAUUAAGCUGUUAUAACGAACGUUCACUUUUGUAUUCCGGUGGGUCUGAUGGAUCGAUAUUGGUGUGGGAAAGAGACGAAGAAGGUGGAGAUAUUAGUGUUGUUGGAGUGCUAAGAGGCCACAGAGAGUCUGUUCUAUGCCUUGUGGUUAUUUCGGAUAUACUUUGUAGUGGCUCUGCCGAUAAGAUGGUGAGGUUGUGGAAAUGCUCGGCGACGGAUUUUUCGUGCUUGGCUUUGCUGGAAGGGCAUAGAGGACCGGUUAAGUGCUUAGCCGGAGCAAUACGUGACUCCGGUACACAAGCUGAGGCUUCUUAUUACAUUUACAGUGGAGGACUUGACUCUCAAGUUAAGGUUUGGCAAGUUUUGGUGCCAACUUUACAAAAAAGUUCCUAA